AUGACAAUUAUCCCCUGCUACGCCAUCACUCUCAUUCUCCUCCUCCUCCUGCCGGCUGCAACCGCCGCCUACCGGCAGCGGAACGAAAUCCAACAGUUCACGGCCGUCCAGAACGCGGCCCGGGCCGCCCUUGGGCUCCGCCCACUCGUGUGGGACCCAAAGAUCGCGCGUUACGCGGCCCGUUACGCGGGCCUGAGACGGGCCAACUGCGCCCUCGUGCACUCAAACGGGCCGUACGGCGAGAACAUCUUCUGGGGCAGCGGUGAUGGGUGGACGCCGGUCCAGGCUGCCGCCGCGUGGGUUUCUGAGCGGCACGGCUACAGGUACCGCUCGAACUCGUGCGCCAACGGGGAGGAGUGCGGGCAUUACACGCAGAUAGUGUGGCGGGCCACGACCCGGGUCGGGUGCGCCCGGGCCGUGUGUUAUGGAAGAAAAGGUGUUUUCAUGAUUUGUAACUACGACCCGCCCGGGAAUUACAUAGGGGAGAGGCCAUACUGA